UUAUUUAAUUAUACCAAUUAUAAGUGCACUGUAAAAAAAAAAAAAAAAAAAAAAGGUGUAAUGCAUGGCAGCACAGGGUGCCAAAUGUUUGCCAUUAAUGGGAAUAACGGUGAUAUACUAUGAACUGAAGUAACGUGUUUACACAGCAACAUGAGAAAUGGUACAUUGACUAUACAAUCCCAAAAAAAUCCUUAAAGUGUAAUCUGAAAUGACAUGUUUUGUCUGUGUAAUUAAGAAACAUGCAUAGACCAUUAAAUUAAAUACCAUUCUUUGACUGAAAAUGUAAAUAACAUGUGUCAGGAUAGAUAACUCGAGAUUCAAUUGCAAGUGACAAACUCCUUUAUUAACUAAUGAGUAGAGAGGGAAUAAAGAGGGAAAUAACAGUGAGGGACAAGGCUGCCAUCUGCUGGUUAUUAAGCAUACUGCAGCUGACAGAUGUGUGUAAUGAACUCUGUCUUUUGUUUGUUUGUUAUUUGUGGUCUUUAAAUUUAUUAUUUUUAUUAUUAUUAUUAUGUUUAUAUGUGUAUGAUUUAAUUUUGUUCAGUGUAUUUUGGUAUGGCUUGAGGACUUUUAUUUUGGUAGUGUAUCCGCUGCACUCAACGGAUAUAAUGGCGCACACACCUUAUGGUGAUACAAACAAACGCUCUCGCUGUGUGAGGCACGGUCUUACGGAUUCUACAAACUUUAAGCUUAGCUUCUGGUGUAAAGGGGAAUAAGCUCUUACGGUGGUUCGUGUAUGUUGUUGUGGUUACGGAAUGAAAACAAUAAACAAUGAAUCAUCAGUGAAAGAGUCACCCAUUUUAUUAGCCAGGAUGCUACAGUAAGAGCUUACCCGUCGAUCUGGUUGACUGGUUCAUGGGAUUAUUCGUAUGUGGAAGAAGGUGCAUCAUUCCUUUGACUGAUAUCGUUCACGUUGAAACCAGCAUGUUCAGCACGGACUGAGGAUUGAUCAAGGUUCGAUUAAGCGGCUUAGAUAUGUGGAAGUCAAACGGAUCGCAUGGACUGGACAAAGAAAAGGGAAAGUGUCCGUUUGUUUGAUUGGAUCGCAGUGAGUACGACUGAACGGUGUUGAUCAGAUUAAUUCUGAAAGGGUUUAUACCUGUGAUGGACAUUGUGGCAUAUUCUCUUUACCAAUGGACUGAAUAUUGAUCAAUUUCACAUUUUAAGGGUUGAUAUUUCAAUGAAUGAGAGUCUAAGUGUUGAAUUUUACAUCCUGUUCUUAAAUUGACUUGCUGCAUAUCAGAUGUGAAUAUUGCUAUAUUACUUGUUCUUUUGAAAUGUAAAUAUAAAGGGAAAAUGUCUAAGUCAGACGCAGGUGAUAUAAAUGAGUAAAAUGAUGAUUGUGUUGAAACUCAAAGUGAAAGUUUGCGUCGUUCAAAACGUGCUCCUGUACCUACUGAGAAAAUGUUAUCAUACCAACAAGAAGAAUUGCAGAAAAAAGAGAAAAGGAUUACUCUUUUGUAUGAUAAGUGGAAAGUUGAAGCCCGUAGCACUCGUGAACGACUUAAAACUGAUGUUACAGUGACACAAUUAGCAAUGUUAAUUGAUGAUUUAGAGGCAGCAAAAAAUAAGGUUCUGAGUGUUUAUGAUCAAAUUAGGCAGAGUGUAUCCCCUACUACGGAAAUGCGUCGGAAAAUUGAUGCAUGUGAAGCGAUUACAGCUGAUAUUGUUAAAAUUAUUCAUGAAAGAAUAUCAGGGGUAGAUGGAGAUUUUGAUGCUGACAAGGAAAAAGGGCGUCUUCGAACAUUGUUAGAUCAUCAAUAUGCACAAUCAAUUUUUGGAUCAACUGUUUCACGUGUCAGUCAAGUGUCUAGCAGACUUUCUAGUCAAUGCUCUGUUGUUUCAAGUUUAGCAGCUAAACGAGUAGAUGCUGCUGCCGAUUUGGCUGCUAAGCAAGCUGUUUACGAUUCUUUGUUAGAAGAAGCAAAGCAUAAGGAAAGGAUACAGCAGCUGGAAGAGCAGCAUAAAAGGGCUGUUGAUGCCGAAUUAAAGGAGUUACAGCGAAUACAAGCACAGAAAGACUUGAAAGCUGCACAAGCCAAAUUAGAAGUCUAUGAUAAAGAGAUUAAGGAAACUCUGGGUUCAUCUUCAGAUUGUGGCAAGGUCAAAGAGGAGUACGAAACCCCUCAAGUUAAUUCUAAAAAGAAGCAGUGUGCAUCUCAGAGCCUGACUCAAGCAGAUCUAAAUGUUACGGCUUCUCAAUCAGUAUCAGGAAUGCCUAUCUCAGCUUUAGUCUUUCAAGAUGGUUUAGCUAUGAGUCGAUUGCCAGUGCCUGAACCUUCAGUCUUUACAGGAGAUCCUAUUCGAUUCAUUGAGUGGAAAUCCUCAUUCAUUGCACUCAUUGAAAGAAAAUGCAUUUCGUCUGCUGAAAGGCUGUUCUAUCUUAAGAAGUAUGUGAGCGGCCCUGUCAGUAAGGCUUUGGAGGGUAUCUUUUUUAGAACUGAUGAUGAAGCUUAUUCUGAUGCCUGGGAUAAAUUGAACUGUCGUUAUGGUCAACCGUUUGCCAUCCAAAAGGCUUUUAGAGAGAAAUUGACUAAUUGGCCCAAGAUUCAUUCAAAAGAUGCAAUGGGUCUUCGAAGUUUCUCUGACUUUCUCAGUGCAUGUGAAAAUGCUAUGCCUCAUGUUAAGGGCCUUCAGAUUAUGAAUGACUAUCAAGAGAAUCAGAAACUCGUUCAGAAAUUGCCUGACUGGGUAGCCAGUCGAUGGAACUGACAAGUUACGCAAGCCCUCAGUCAAAAUCAAGAGUUUCCAGACUUUAAGGAAUUCUGUGCAUUCGUGUCAACAGAGGCAGAUAUUUCUUGCAAUCCAGUAACUUCUUUUCAAGCUCUCCACGCUUUAGGACCCAGCACUGACAAGUUCACUUUGAAAGAAACUAAAAAGAACAAGGUUCAAGUUUUUAACACUCAAACAAAAUGUGAAAACCUGAAAUCAGUGAAGCCAGUGGUCAGAACUCCUUGUUUGUUAUGUCGACAAAGUAAUCAUCAGCUCAAUAACUGUUUUGAAUUUUGCAGUAAACCAUUGGAAGAACGGCGGAAGUUGGUUCAAGAGCAGAGACUUUGUUAUGGAUGUCUAAAAUCAGGACAUAUUGCAAGUGAGUGUCGCUAUCGCCUUGUAUGUGAUGCUUGUAAAAGAAAACAUCCUACAUGUCUACAUGACAGCAACUUUAUAAGAAGAAUGAAGUCAAACCUUUCAACGGAUUCCGUCCAAGAUGUUCUUAAUGGUAGUGCAAAUGCAGUAGCUUUGAGUGUAGCUGGAGAAGGGCAGACUACAAAUACUUCAAUGAUUUUGCCUGUAUGGAUAUCAACAAAGCAGAAUCCUGACUGUGAGAGACUUGUGUAUGCUUUGCUGGACUCUCAAAGUGAUACUACUUUUGUUGAUCAAGGUGUAAGUCAUGCUCUACAAGCACAAUCAAGUCCAGUAAGAUUGAAAUUAACUACUAUGCUUGGUAAAGAUUCAAUUGUGCAAAGUGAGAGAGUAUCAGGGUUGCAAGUACGAGCAUAUGAAUCAGACAAUUUUAUUGAACUCCCUCCUGCUUAUGCCAGAGAUUAUAUACCUGUAAAUCGUGAUCACAUCCCCACUUGUGAAAUUGCAAAGAAGUGGAAUCAUCUGUUAAGUAUUGUAGAUAAGGUACCACCAUUGAAGGAUUGUGAGAUCGGUCUGUUAAUAGGCUACAACUGCCCCAGGUUGAUGGCUCCUCGAGAGGUGAUUGUUGGAAGAGAUGAUGAACCCUUUGCAGUGCGAACUGAUUUGGGAUGGAGUAUUGUAGGGUGUUCAUCUCCACAUCUUGAUUUGCCUAAAGAAAGCAGUCUAUGUCACCGCCUUGCAGCCAAGGAACUUCCUCUUGUCACGCCAACAGAUGUGAUUCGUGUCCUCGAGACUGACUUUAAGGACAUUAAUGAAGAAAAAAUGAAGGUAUCUCAAGAUGACUUUCUUUUUCUCCAUAAAUUGAAGGAAAGUAUUCAUAAAAACAAGCACGGACACUUUGAGAUUCCAUUACCUUUUAAGGAAAGACCUGUUCUACCGAGUAAUAAACAACUGGCUAUGGCCAGGCUCGACCAUCUCAAGAGAAGGAUGUCUAAGGAUGAAAUGUACAAGGAACGGUAUAAGGAAUUUAUGAGUGAAAUCAUUCAAAGAGGGGAUGCAGAGGAAGUAAAUGACUGCGGCAAAGAAGGAGAAACCUGGGAUUUACCUCAUCACGGUGUCUUCCAUCCCAAAAAGCCAAACAAGCUGCGAGUGGUAUUUGAUUGUUCAGCAAGGUAUAAUGGUCGUUCAUUGAAUGAUCAUUUACUUCAAGGUCCUGACAUGAUAAAUAAUUUGAAUGGUAUUCUACUCAGAUUUCGACAACAUCCUAUUGCUCUCAUGUGUGAUGUGGAAAAAAUGUAUCACCAAUUUCAUGUGAGUAGAUCUGACAGGGAUUACCUGCGUUUCCUUUGGUGGAAGAACGGAGAGAUCAAUCAAAGGCCUCUUGAAUUUCGAAUGAAAGUUCACAUUUUUGGCGCCGCCUCUUCUUCAGGGUGUGCAAACUUUGGCCUGAAGCAUAUUGCAAGCGAGUACAGCCAUUUAUAUCCUCUAGGUUCAGAGUUUAUAUUGAGAAAUUUCUAUGUGGAUGAUGGAGUAACUAGUUUGAAAGACACAGAGAUGGCAAUUAAGGUUGCUGAAGAAGCAAGAAAACUUUGUGCAACGGGUGGUUUACGACUGCAUAAAUUCAUGUCAAAUGAUGGAGCUGUUUUGAACAGUAUUCCUGCCUCUGAACUUGCAUCUAAUGUUAAAGAUUUUGCAUUUGAUUUGCCAUUGGAAAGAGCUCUUGGAAUACAGUGGCAAAGGGAUUUAGAUUGUUUCCAGUUCAAAAUCAAGUUGCAGCAACAACCUGCUACUCGUCGGGGAAUAUUAUCUACAGUUGCUUCAGUUUAUGAUCCGUUAGGAUUCGUAGCACCUGUUCUGCUUAAUGGAAAGAGAAUUCUGCAGGAAGUCUGUAAGCGUGGGACUGGAUGGGAUGAUUCCUUGUCAACGGAACUUCAAUUACGGUGGGAGCAGUGGAAACAGAAUCUUUCUGAGUUGCAAGAAAUAAGCAUACCAAGGACAUAUGCACCUAACAACUUCGGGAAAAUUGUCAAGGCUGAGUUGCAUCAUUUUUCAGAUGCUAGCACUCACGGCUAUGGUCAGUGCUCCUACUUGAGAUUUCGCAACGAGGAUGGGAAUGUUCACUGUGCCUUAGUAAUGGCAAAGUCAAGAGUUUCACCUCUAAAGGUCAUAACAAUUCCCAGACUAGAAUUAACAGCUGCGGUCGUUUCUGUUGAAAUAAGCAAUGUGCUUAGAAGAGAACUAGAGUAUGUUGAUCUUGAGGAAUUAUUCUGGACAGAUUCAAAGGUGGCGAUGGGGUACAUAAGGAAUGAAGCUCGUAGGUUUCAUACCUUCGUGGCGAAUCGUGUACAAAGGAUACAGCUUAGUACGACCCCACAACAAUGGAGGUAUGUUCCUUCCAAAGAAAAUCCUGCUGACCAUGCCUCCAGAGGCCUAAAUGUUCACGAAUUGCAAUUAUCCAACUGGUUCUCUGGCCCCAAGUUCUUGUGGGAGAGGGACUUAUCAAAGCCAAUAGAGACAAGUUUUGAACUUUCCUUGGAAGAUCCAGAAGUGAAGAUUGCUCGAGUUCUAAAAACAGAAGAUUCUGACAAAGUGAACUUGAUUGAUCGUUUGUCUAAGUUUUCUUCAUGGUCACGAGCAGUUAGAGCUGUUGCUCGACUUAUGAGAAGAGUCAACAAAGAUAAGUCAAGUCAUCUAAGUACUGUAUUCGAACGACAAAAAGCUGAAUUGCACAUCAUCAAAUGUUUACAAAGUUGUGUUUUUAAGGAUGAAUUGAUGAGAUUGAAAAGGGGACUAAGUGUUUCAUCUCACUCUGAAUUGUAUCCUCUUGACUCGUUCUUAGAUGAAGAUGGAGUGCUCAAGGUGGGAGGGAGGCUUCGUCAUUCGAAUUAUUCAGAGUCCUUAAAACAUCCUGCUAUUAUUCCACAGAAUCACUCUGUUACUAAAAUGAUUAUUGCACAUUGUCAUGAGAAGAUCAAACAUCAAGGAAAAGGAUUCACCAUUAAUGAGGUUAGAUCUCAUGGAUACUGGAUUCCAGGAAUCAGUAAAUCUGUUGCUUCUUACAUCAGAAGAUGUGUUGCAUGUAGAAAACUUAGGAGACCUACUGAAAUACAGAAAAUGGCUGAUCUGCCAUCAGAACGAGUGAAUCCAUCACCUCCAUUCAUGUACACCGGCAUGGACUGUUUUGGACCAUUUCUUGUUAAACGGGGAAGGAGUGUGUGUAAAAGAUAUGGCCUACUUUUAACCUGUUUGUGCUCUCGUGCGGUGCAUAUUGAAAUGCUCACUGAUAUGACAACAGACUCCUUUAUUAAUGCUCUACGCUGUUUUAUUGCGAUCAGAGGCACUGUACAACAAAUUAGAUCUGACCAAGGAACAAACUUCAUGGGUGCAAAAAAUGAAUUCAAAAAGGCUCUUGAGGAAAUUGACACAGAAAGAGUAGCUGCAUUCUUGUCAGAAAAACAGUGUGAUUUCGUGAUGAACGCGCCACAUGCCAGUCAUGUUGGUGGAGUAUGGGAACGUCAGAUCAGAACAGUAAGGUCUGUUUUGAAUUCCAUACUUUCAUCUCAUCCAGCAAAACUGGAUGAUUCUUCUUUACGAACAUUUCUUUACGAAGCCAUGGCAAUUGUGAAUAGUAGACCACUCACUGUUGACUGUCUAACUGACCCCAAGAGUUUGAGGCCAAUUACUCCUAACCACUUGCUUACAUUGAAGUCAACCGCUGCUUUACCUCCGCCAGGAAAAUUUGAAGAAGAUGUUUAUGCCCGAAAAAGAUGGCGACAAGUUCAAUAUCUAGCGGAGCAGUUCUGGAGUCGUUGGCGCCAGGAAUACCUUGCAAAUCUAACUGCCCGACAAAAAUGGCUUGUUCCUAAAAGAAAUAUUCAAAUUGGUGACAUUGUUAUAGUAAAAGAUGAUGAUUUACUGAGAAAUCAAUGGAGACUGGGUAGAGUAGAAGGGGUUAUUGUUAGCUCUGAUGGACUUGUUCGUAAAGCCAAAAUAUAUCUAGGCACCUCAAACCUUGACAUGAAAGGCAAACGCAUUAAUAAACCAUCGAUAAUCGAAAGGCCCAUACAAAAGCUGGUACUGCUGAUGGAGAAUGUUUGUGAUUAAAAAGAGUAUUUAUAAAGUUUUUCUCUCCAUGAUGAAUAUGAAUUUAAAUGUAUUUAUAUCUAGAAAUCAUUCAUGUUUAAGCACAUGAUAAGAUUUGGUGGGAGUGUAAUGAACUCUGUCUUUUGUUUGUUUGUUAUUUGUGGUCUUUAAAUUUAUUAUUUUUAUUAUUAUUAUUAUGUUUAUAUGUGUAUGAUUUAAUUUUGUUCAGUGUAUUUUGGUAUGGCUUGAGGACUUUUAUUUUGGUAGUGUAUCCGCUGCACUCAACGGAUAUAAUGACGCACACACCUUAUGGUGAUACAAACAAACGCUCUCGCUGUGUGAGGCACGGUCUUACGGAUUCUACAAACUUUAAGCUUAGCUUCUGGUGUAAAGGGGAAUAAGGUAACUAUCAAACCAUACCUCUUUUUGUAUGUGGUUUUGUUAUAUGAUUGUUUUAGUUGGUUUGUUUGGUUUAUUUCUUGUUUUGUUUGGAUCUUUCAAUAUUUAUUUUAUUUUUAUUUAUUUUUUUUUUCUAGCUCUUACGGUGGUUCGUGUAUGUUGUUGUGGUUACGGAAUGAAAACAAUAAACAAUGAAUCAUCAGUGAAAGAGUCACCCAUUUUAUUAGCCAGGAUGCUACAAUGUGACACUGGAAUUGUUUAAUAAAGCAACGAUAUGUUUCAGUUACAGUAAAUGUAACUACAAAUUACAACACUGUCCAUUAUGGUAUUAUUGACACUUGGUGUUUAUGAUUAAACAAAACUGACAGAAAGCUACUUUAAAUAUGAAAUUUCUUCUAAAAUUCAAUUCACAUUUAUUUGUAUGGCACUUUUCACAAUACAUAUAAUUUCAAAGCAGCUUUACAGAGAAUGAAUGUCAACAUCACAAUUUAGAGUAAUCUGUUAUCAGAGUUGACAGUCCAAAUUAUGAUAUUUCAGAAAUGUACAUAUAUAAUCAGUUAGCUAACAAUGUUAAUUUAAGGUAGAAGCAAUAAG